AAAUAUCGGGUGCAUUAGCAGUCGCCGCAACUCGUGUCAGCUCCAUUCUCCUUAUCGCCCCCAUUGCUCUAAAUCUCAGAGAAAGCCAGAGCUAAUCAGGAGCAUUUUUCUGGCUAGAUUUGGUGCUGAUUGAUGAAAGAUUGAUCAAUUCACACACAAAAAUAUUAAUGUACUUCAAUAAAAUAUACUCAUUUCAGAUUAUGUACUCUGUCCAUUUAUUCCUUUUCUCUUUAGUAACCUGUUUCUCUUGGGAAUUAGAGCUUAUGCUUCUUAUUAUAACCAUUAUAUGAUUUGGGCUUGUUGUCUCUUUGUUUUAAUAUCGAAAUGAUUAUCAUUGGGAGCAUGAUUGUCUCAGAGAUUCAGAGAGAGAGAGAAUAAAGAGAGAAAGCCAUUGCUUCUCUUUGCUCCAAUCCAAACAUGUUGUCACAGGGGAGCCGAAAAUUGGUUUUAGGGUUAGGGUUAAGGCAAACUCAAGCCCCUGUUGCAGGAGGAGCCCUGAGGCUCUAUCAUGAGAGGGUGGUGGAUCAUUACAAUAACCCUCGCAACGUUGGAUCCUUUGAUAAGAAUGAUCCAACAGUGGGUACUGGACUUGUUGGUGCCCCUGCUUGUGGUGAUGUGAUGAAGUUGCAGAUCAAGGUUGAUGAGAGCACUGGAAAGAUUGUUGAUGCUUGCUUUAAGACCUUUGGUUGUGGCUCAGCUAUUGCUUCUUCUUCUGUUGCUACUGAAUGGGUGAAGGGGAAGCCAAUGGAGGAAGUAUUAUCAAUCAAGAACACAGAAAUAGCAAAGCAUCUUUCGCUUCCCCCUGUAAAGCUCCAUUGUAGCAUGCUUGCAGAGGAUGCGAUCAAGGCAGCUAUUAAGGACUAUGAAGCUAAGAGAGCUAAGUCGAAUGGGGAUGCUACCACAGUGCCAGAGCAGAAAGCUGCCAAUGCCUGAUGCGUACGUAAAGUAUGUUUAUAUUUCCCUUAUGAUGCUAGGAUAUCAAAGUGUGUCAUAAAUGACAAUCUUCUCAGUUCUGUAAACUUUAACUAUUUGGAAUAAUAAUGUGGAUAAUUGUUUCAUG